AUGAUCAUUUUGUAUUCAGUUUACAAGAACUGCGCUGAAGUCUACAAGUCCGGUGCCAAGAUCAGUGGAGUGAAUAAAAUUUAUCUUGGUGGUCUGGGCGAAUUUGAAGUGUUCUGUGAUCAGAAAACUGCCGGUGGGGGUUGGACAGUGUUUCAGAAGAGGCGAGAUGGCUCUGUUGAUUUCUUCCGCGCUUGGGAUGAUUACAAACGCGGUUUUGGCAAUCUGAGUGGUGAGUUCUGGCUCGGUUUGGACAAGAUACAUCGGCUGACUGUAAGUGGUGGUUAUAAACUCCGUGUUGACUUGGAAGACAUUCAUGGAAAAACUGCAUUUGCCGAGUACAGCUCCUUUUCUGUGACAAACGAGACAGCGAAAUACCAACUGAAUUUGGGAAAUUAUUCGGGUAAGUUCAUGCAAGAUUGAAAAAGAAUCAGUUGGCGAAAAAUGUUGCUAAUUGCCAAAUGCUUGCCAAAUACAAUGACAAAAGAAAAAAGAAAGAAAGAAAAUAAGUUUUUUUUUCUUGCCCAAUUGAUCGCGAUUGGAAUGUGGAAGUUAUCAGUUGAUUUUUAUAACAACAAUUGACCUUAUUUGUAAUGUCAUAUUAAAUCAUAUAAAAAAGUUUUAAAAGGAUUGGCCCACGUCUUGAGAGUUCAGAAAUUAAGGGUAUUUCAUUGAUUAUUCAGCAAGUACAAGACCCCUCCCCUGGGAAUUCGUGGAGUAUUUUAGAGGCAAAAAAGGAAUGAAGCCUAUUUUCUACCUCUCUCAUUUACUCUUGGCUUUUCUAAAGAAUGUCUGUGCCGUUUGUUUUCAAUUUCUGUUUCGUCCAGUCUGUAACAGUUCUAGUGGAUAUUACUUAGACGAAGUGGAAGUACGUGAAUCAACUUUCCAAAAAAACACCGAAAAUAGAGCCUUUAUUUUGUGUUUUUUUUCUCUUAAUUUUUGCAGGAACCGCUGGUGAUUCGCUUGGUUAUCAUCGUGGUAUGUCAUUUACCACCAAGGAUCGUGAUAAUGACAAGAACGGCGCACGAAACUGUGCCUUGAGUUUCACAGGCGCCUGGUGGUACAAAAAUUGCUACUACUCCAAUCUGAAUGGUAGAAGAAUCUCCUGGUACCACUGGAAAAACAGUAACUACAAUUUGAAGAGAUCCGAGAUGAAGAUACGUCCGGAAGAUUUUUGA